AUCCAUUUCUACAGGACGUCCUUCAAUAAUUUGUUUUCUUCGAAGUUCUGAUUAAAUUACUUUGUUAUCAAGACAAUGUCCCAAUCGGAGCGUGAAGAUGACUCAGAAAAGUUGCCAGCGAUUGUUUAUCACCCCACGUACACAGAAACCCAGUUAGUGCACUUCCAGAAAAUGGUUGAAAAGGAGUACAAUGUGAAAUUUAAUGAUUAUUGGGAUCUCCAUGAAUGGAGCUAUAAAAAUUACCCAGAAUGCUGGGGCUGCGUAUGGCGUUUCUUCAAUAUCAUCUGCUCUAAACCAUAUUCUCAGGUGUACGAUAGGAAGAAUGGAUUCGAUAAUAUGGAAUGGUUCAAAGAUGCUCGAUUGAAUUAUGCUGAGAAUUUAUUAAAAUACAGAGAUUCAGAAACAGCAAUUAUUGCAACAGAUGCCGAUGACGAUACAGAAUAUAUUUCUUACGAGGAACUGUAUAACGAAGUUCGGGUGUACGUCACAGCUUUAAGGAAUGAAGGAAUCAAAAAGGGAGACAGCGUUGCCUGUUACAUGUCAAACAAGAAAGAGGCCGUUUUCGCAUUUCUGGCAACAGCCGCCAUGGGUGCCAUCUGGUGUGGCACUCUUCCUCUCUUAGGUGUAAAAGCUGUUCAAUCACGAUUCGAGCAAAUCAGUCCGAAAAUUCUUUUUACUACAGGAAAUUUUACCUUCGAUAAUAAAGAAUUCAACAUGAAUGAAAAAAUACCCGAAAUAGUUCCCGGCGUUCCAAGUCUGAAGAAAGUUGUUUACUGCCCUACUAAAUUGAAAAACGGAGAAAAUAUAUCCGAAAUACCCAAUUGUGUCUAUAUAUCAGAUUUCCUGCGUAAGGCUCGACAAGAAUUAGAACACAAUCCCAAGGAUAUCGAAUUCGAACAAUUACCAUUCGAUUACCCACUUUGCAUUUCCUUUACAUCCGGCACUACAGGAGCACCGAAAGCUUUGGUUCACUCUACAGGAAUGUUCUUCGCUAGUCUUAGGGAUUUUGGUUUACACCAGAAUUGUACGAGGAGAGACACGCUAUUUAAUCAAUGUCCAAAUGGAUGGAUUUCCUGGAAUAUGUCAGUCAACACUUUGCAUUUAGGGUUAACUCUUGUAUUGUACGAUGGAGACCCGUUUCAAGAAUCUCCCACAAGAUUUUGGGAUUUGGUGGACAAAUUUGGCAUCACUUCUACUUAUAUGUGGAGCAGCACAAUCGAUUUCAUGGAUAUAAAUAACUGGGGUCCAACACCACAACAUUCUUUAAAGACCCUGAGACAGAUUUUUCCAAUCGGAAGCCCAGCAAAACCUAGCACGUAUGAUUUCUUAACGAGGAAGGUGAAACCGGGUUUAUUUUGCACCUCGGGGUAUGGUUGUACUGAAGUGUUCGGCUUAAUAAAUGGGAUGGAUUCUAACAUGCCUGUGUAUAGGGGAGAACAGCAAGUGCCGUCUCUGGGAAUGGACAUUCGCGUUCUUGACGAAAACGGCGCCCCUGUAAUAGGAAAAAGAGGAGUUGUCGUUCUCGCCAAUCCCUACCCUGCUUUGCCAGUGAGUCUGCUCCACGAUGAAAAUAAAGAAAAAGUUAAAGAAUUAUAUUUAUCGGAAUAUCCAGGAUACUGGAACUUAGCGGAUGAUGGCUGGCAGAAUCCGAUUACUAAAGGAUUAGUAGUCUAUGGAAGGAGCGAUGAAACCAUGAAUCCAAAGGGUGCAAGAUACAACUGUGCGGAUAUUUAUUUUGCUUUGGAAGGUUUCCCUGGACUGAAAGACUGUGUUGUUGUCUCGCAAUACAACAAAGACAUGGAUGAAAGAGUUAUCCUGUUCGUUAAAAUGCUCCCAGGUCACUCACUUACUGAUGAUGUCAAAGAAGAAAUCAAUAAAACCAUCGAACGGCAUCAGACUUACGAACAUGUUCCUGAUAUCAUAAUGGAAGCGCCAGAUAUACCGUAUAACUUGACUGGGAAGAAAAUGAAUGCCUUGGUGAAGAAGCUUAUAAAUAAGAAACCGAUUAUGAAUGCUGAAAUUGUCAUCAACCCAUCUUGUUUAGAAUUCUACAAAAACUUGGAUUUAGGCAAAUUUUAAUAUUUUUAAAA